UCCUCAUUCAGUGGAAAUCUCGGUCGCGAUCGGACCGACUCGACAUAUCUCCACCGGUAGGAGUCGCUCGUGUCCGCUGUCCCAGUCGAGUAAUGUUUUCCCGUGGGAAAACAAGGGAUGAUUGAUGCCAAUACGGUCAGGGCCGGGAACCUCGCCGACGCGUUCCCUCACUUCUCCCCGCAUGAGGGGAUGGAGGGAAAGUGAUUGCGACAGAGUGAGGGGAACAUCCCUGCUCUUCCUGGCCUAUAUAGAAGAGUAGAAAUGGUAGAGAAGGCAAUCAUUGGCAUACUGAUCAUCUACCAGUUCAAUCAUCCAUCUUCCUCACGGUCGCAUACCCUUCAGAACCCAUCCAUCCAACAUGUCUCCCUCGCUCCACCCUCUCCUCGACAACGGCAUCAUCAAAGGGGACCCCAACUUCCCCGGUGGUAACCUCUACUGCAAAUGCUCUUCCGACAAGGUCGUUGUUAAGCUGGCCAGCAACGUCGCUCACAACCACGCCUGCGGCUGCUCCAAGUGCUGGAAGCCUGCCGGUUCGCUGUUCUCCAUCGUCGGAGUCGUUCCCCGCGACGCCGUCUCCGUCACAGAACACGCAGAGAAGCUGUCCAUCGUUGACGCGUCCGCCGCCAUUCAGAGAUAUGCCUGCAAGGGUUGUGGUGUGCACAUGUUCGGUCGCAUCGAGAAGGACCACCCCUUCAAGGGCCUGGACUUUGUGCACGCCGAGCUGUCCGAUCAGAAGGGCUGGCAGGAGCCUCAGUUCGCGGGAUUCGUCUCCUCCAUCAUCGAGCAGGGCUUCCACCCCAAGGGUAUGGAGGAAGUGCGCUCCAAGUUCCACUCCCUGGGUCUCGAGACAUACGAUGCGCUGUCGCCGGCAUUGAUGGAUCUGAUUGCCACCUUCACGGCUCAACGAGCGGGAGUGUUGUCUGCCAACCUUUAGUUCAUCAAUAACAUGUUUAUCGACGCAGAGAAGGGGGAUAUUGUGGAGGGGCGAAAAGGGGAAAUAAAUGUAGCAGUGCUACGCUAAAUGUACAUACUCACUGAGAUCAAUGAAGCUUCAACUUUCAUUUCAAAA